GAACUUGGUAGCUUCCUCUCUGUUUUUUCCCUUUGGAUUUUUAAUGCACCGCUGAGUUUUCCUAGACCCUAGUGUUUCUCUCAGAGUGGAAACAUAACAACUUUACAUUAAUAAGUUGACACAUCAAAUAUAUGAACUCUUCAUCAACUCAACUAGUCCUCACGAAAAGGAUGGGUAUAUAUGAUCCAUUCCAUCAAGUGAACAUGUGGGGGGACAGCUUUAAAAUUGAUGGAAGCUUGAACUCAAUUGCUCCCCAAAUGUUGAUGAUUAAGCCUAGCAUGCGGAACAAGUCUGAAUGUACUCCUCACGAAUCAAGGGAACCUUCUGGAGAUGAUCAAGAGAUUAACGACAAAGCUGAUACUAAGGCACUAAGACGUCAAGCUCAAAAUCGUGAGGCUGCUCGGAAAUGUCGGCUGCGGAAGAAGGCUUAUGUUCAACAAUUAGAAACAAGCCGUGUGAAGCUCAUGCAAUUGGAGUUGGAGAUUGAGAAAGCAAGAAAGCAGGGUAUGUACAUACGCCGUGCACUAGAUGUCAGUUAUAUGGGAUCAUCCGCAACAGUUAACCCAGCAAGGAUAACUCUGUUUGAACUUGAAUAUGGACAAUGGAUUGAAGAGCAAGAUAGACUGAAUCAAGAACUGAGAAAUGCAUUGCAAACUCAAGCAUCUGAAAUGCAGCUUCAUCUACUUGUUGAGAGUUGCUUGAGUCACUACUCAAAUCUUUUCAGGAUGAAAGCAGAAGCUGCAAAGGCUGAUGUCUUCUAUUUAAUCUCUGGUGCAUGGAAAGCAUCAGUGGAACGCCUUUUUCUUUGGAUUGGAGGAUCCCGUCCAUCUCAGCUUCUAAAUAUCAUUGCACCACAACUUGAGCCUUUGACUGAUCAACAAAUUGUGAGCAUUAGCAACCUCCGGCUUUCAUCUCAGCAAGCUGAAGAUGCACUUUCACUAGGAUUGGGCAAACUCCAGCAGAGUCUGGUCCACAACAUACCAUCAGAUCCAUUGGUUGUAGGACACUACGGGUUUGAGAUGGCUGCUGCCAUGGACAAAGGUGAAGCACUAGAAGGUUUUGUAAACCAGGCAGAUCACCUUAGGCAACAAACUCUGAUUCACAUGUCUCGGAUCCUGACGACUGGGCAAGCUGCUAAAGGCUUGCUGGCUAUGGGAGAAUACUUUCAUCGUCUUCGCACUCUUAGUUCUUUAUGGACUGCUCGUUCAUGUGAUCCUUCCUUUCCGACUCAACUCUCAAACUGAGAUCUAUUUCUUUAAACCUCAACUGUAAUGUGGUUUGCACAACAGGUGCUCAAAUCUACAGAGAUCUCUGUUUUGUUUAAUAUGUUAAUGUAUAUGCUAGUAAUUAAUUGUGCCUAGUUAGUACCAUGAAGGCUGAAGCAAAGUUUAUAUGAUUUGUUGAUCUAGAGAACAAAUGAACCACUCUGUACAUAAAUAUUGUAUCAUCUUCCACAUGGAAUCAUGAAAAAGGAUUUAGGCCGACCUUAGAUA